UAUCCAAGAACGACCCUUUACCAGCCCAAGAAGCUCUACACAUACCUUGUACCUCUGUACUGUUCUGUCUUCUAACUCACUGAAAGCUCUAUGAAGGAUCUCGACUGUACACAGAGCGCCCUGCAGUUGGAGUGCGGGCCAGUACAACCGGCCCAGGCACUUGGAGGAAAAUGUGUGGGGCUUCUCAAAAAGCUCAUGAGAUUUGUCGUGUUGUCCCCCCAAAGAGUCGUGGAAUGGGCACAAUCCUUCACUCUUGUUACAUUUUGUACCGUGAUGUUUCUAAUAGCAAUGCAGAUGAUUGCCAUGCUGUCAUUCUUGGACAUUAAAUCAAUGUGCUUGAGCACUAGGGGUGUGACUGAGAAAAUGCAAGUGUAUCGUCUCUUCACGUACAGCCAUUUCCAUUCCUCCCUCCCACACAUGUUAUUAAACAUCGUCUUCCUGAGCUCUUUCUCCAAAACCAUCGAGAGAAAUUUAGGAAGUUAUUAUCUCUUUAACGUAAUGAUGAUAUUUGGAACUUCAUGUGCCGUCAUUCAAAUGCUGUUGGAGUUCUUUAUUUCCUUUUUCUAUCCUCCAGUCCUGGACGACUGUAUUAGCGGUUAUUCUGGUAUACUGUUUGGUGUGUUAAUAUUAGCCCUGAGUGUGACCGUGAAUAAAGAGAAAAUAUCCCAUAAUUGCUGUGGUUACGUACCCCGUGGUUUGUACCCCCUCGUGAUAUUGCUCGUGAUUCAGGUGGUAACAACGGAGCAGAUCUCAAUCAUUGCUAACUUGGCUGGAAUCAUCACUGGCUAUGCUUAUAAAAACGAUUUGCUUAAUUUUGUCAAGCUCACUCCAAACAUGAUAUUCAACCUUGAGCACUCUGAGCUCUGUCACAUGUUCAACACUCUCCCUGGCUUUGUAUCCUACCCUAGGGACAGGCUCGUACUGGAGGAGAGAAGCACACGACAAGUCAGGGCGGCUAAAACUCGUGCAAAAAAAGAGCCCCCUCCAGCGAAAGGAAACCAGUCCAACGGCGUCUCCUCCACUACUAAAGGAGAGGGAGCUAACGUACCUCAACAGCAAUCUACCUCUCUGACCAUUACCAAUGGACCGUCUGCAUCGUCUGGUCAAGACUCAAGAACUACAACUAUUACCAUGUGAUCAUGUGAUGCUUUUUAGUUAAUUAUUUCUAUGUUCCAAUUUCAUUAUAGCGUACUGUAAUUUGAGUAGUUCUGUUUUUCAUGGUCCAUUUGCGCGAUUCAUUCUUUGUCGUCAA